AUGGCGACGCAACUGACGGCGAGCGUUCAGGCGUUCAGCUUCCUGGCCCCAGCCAUUCCAGAGCAAAGUGCAGGAACACCAUGGCCGGGGCUGGCAAUGGCGGCAGAGAGACGGAGGAGUAAGGAGGGGGCACGGCAGGGGGAGGUCCCGCGCUGGCGCUGGCCGCACCUCAUCCCUGGUGGAUCGCUUCCUGGCCACACGCGACGCGAGGAGACUCCGCUGGCGGCGCGCGAGGCGACGAGGCGGCGGCGCGAGGUGGCGGUGUGGCGACGCGAGGUGACGGCAUGGCGGCGUAGCACAUCUUCGACGGCCACCACCGCGACAGCGACUGCCGCCUUCUCGCCGAUCCCACCAACACCAUUAAGAGUUGGGGAAGGUGAACCACCCCCUUCUUGGGAUCCGGUACCAACUCCAAUAGGAAAACAAAGAGUGGACUGGAACCCAACUCUUGAGAAAUCACUUGUUGAAAUUCUGCAUGAGUAUAAAGAUAGUGGCUAUAGAAGUGACAAUGGUUGGAACACUGAAGGGUGGAACAAGAUGGUGAAGGAGUUCCAUCUGAGAAACAAGUCUGUCUCGUACACAAAGGCACAAAUUCAAGAUAAAGAAUGUCAGCUUAAGAGAGACUACAAGAUGCUAAAAGCGGCAAGAAUGCAAAGUGGGUCAAAAUGGAAUGAGCAAAGAAAUAUGGUUGAAGGAUCAGCCUCAAUGUGGGAGAACCUCAUAGUGACUUUCCCCAAAAUCAAGAAGUUUCAAAACAACAAGGCAAGCUUUCCGCUCUUUGAUGCUUUGGGAGAACUCUAUGAUGGUCAUCUGGCUGAAGGGACAUACAAUUUCACUUCUAUUGAGUCAGAACGUGUGGAAGAGCCCCUUCAACAAAUUGAUGUUGUAGAGGAAGAAGCUGAGGAAGAAGCCCUAUAGGAAAUUUAUGAGAUACGUGAUGAAGAGGAUGAAGAAAAGGAUGCAAGAGAUAAAGAAGAGGAGGCAAGAAGUGGACAACGAAGAAUGGUUGCAUCAAGAAAGAAACCAGAAAAGGAAGGACAAAGACCUAGAAAGAGUGCAAAAAUUGAAGCUAUGAUGGAGAGAUUCCUUGAAAUGAGGACAAAGCAAGCAGAAGAUGAAGCUCAACAGCUAGCAAGAGAAAAUGAGACAAGAGAAAAGAAGGAUGCUAAAGGUGAUGAAUACUCCAUCAAAAAGUGCAUAUCGAUUAUCAACACAAUGGAAGUGACCAAAUAGGAAAAGGCUAAAGCUUAUGCAAUCUUCACCAAGAGCAAGGAAAACAGAGAGACUUUUAUUUGUGCUAGUGAAGAAGAUGAAGAAUCCGCUUUGAUUUGGCUUAGAAAUGAGAUGGCCUAGCAGCACUCAAACGACAAGUGCUGGUAAGAGAUCUGGAGUCGGUGCUUCAACUGCAUCACUAAGAAGCAUAAAAUGUUGUCAGAGAACUGGUGGUUUUGUUUCUAUUUGGUUGUACUAGUUUGUUCAAUUAGGACAAGUGCUGGUGAGGGAUCUGGAGUCUUUUGGUUGUACUAGAUUGUUUAAUUAUGACAAGUGCUGGUGAGGGAUCUGGAAUCUCUUUUGUUUCUACAGCAUCUGCAGCACAAAGAACUGGCAGGUGAGUUCUUGCCGCUUUGUCAGGUGACCAUGUCAGGUGACCAUGCAAUGGUGGUUCUAUUCUAUUUCAGAGCCAUACAAUUUCACUGUGGUAUUGUUGUUCAUCUUCUGUUGUAGUAAGAAAGCCUUUUCCAUGUGAGAUGCUUUUUGAACAUUGCUAGUA